GCAAACCCCUGGCUAUGACUAGGACGGUCACGACGCGAGAACAGCCAUUCGAAUCCAGUAUUAGUGCGGUGUAGAGUGCUUCUUCGGUGUUUUUUAAUCCGACGCCAGCCUCCUACCCGAGUUUUUCCAAUUCUUUUCGUGGCUUCGACCCAUAUCGGUGUGCAAACAAAAUGCCUUUCAAACCAGUAGAACACCCCAAGUGUCCCAAAUGCGGCAAAUCCGUGUACGCCGCGGAAGAACGUGUCGCCGGAGGGCUCAAAUGGCACAAGAUGUGCUUCAAGUGUGGUCUUUGCGGCAAACUGCUCGACUCGACAAACUGCAGCGAGCACGAGGGCGAGCUUUUUUGCAAAGUGUGCCACGGUCGCAAGUUCGGCCCUAAAGGAUACGGCUUCGGCGGCGGCGCUGGUUGCCUGUCCAUGGAUCAGGGCGAGCACUUGAAGAGUAGCGAGGAGCUCGCGCGAGGAUCGAACGCCGUGAUGGAGCCACGCGCCAUUGCAAAGGCGCCCGAAGGAGAGGGAUGCCCCCGGUGCGGAGGAUACGUCUACGCCGCUGAGCAGAUGUUGGCGCGCGGAAGGCAAUGGCACAAGGAAUGUUUUAAAUGUGCCAACUGCACCAAGAGAUUAGAUUCCAUCAACUGCUGCGAAGGUCCUGACAAGGACAUUUACUGCAAAGUAUGCUACGGAAAGAGAUUCGGACCGAAGGGUUAUGGCUACGGCCAGGGCGGUGGCGCCCUACAAAGCGACUGCUACGCCAAUGGCGAUGCUGCUCCUCGCACCACCGUGGUCGACACCGCCGCGAUCAAGGCGCCACCUGGCAAGGGUUGCCCCCGUUGCGGUGGCGUUGUCUUCGCGGCCGAACAGGUCCUCGCCAAGGGCCGCGAAUGGCACAGGAAGUGCUACAAGUGUCACGACUGCACCAAAACUUUGGACUCCAUCAUCGCGUGCGACGGACCCGACAAAGAUGUUUAUUGCAAAACUUGCUAUGGGAAGAAAUGGGGACCGCACGGAUACGGAUUCGCCUGUGGAUCAGGAUUCCUUCAGACCGAUGGCCUAACGGAAGAAGAAAUUUCGGCCAGUCGGCCAUUUUACAAUCCCGACACGACCUCUAUCAAGGCCCCAGCUGGCCAGGGUUGCCCCCGGUGCGGCGGCAUGGUGUUCGCCGCUGAACAACAGCUCGCCAAAGGCACCAUGUGGCACAAGAAGUGCUUCAACUGCGCCGAGUGCCAUCGACCGUUGGAUUCCAUGCUAGCCUGCGACGGACCCGACAAGGAGAUCCACUGCCGAUCAUGCUACAGUAAGCUCUUCGGACCCAAAGGAUUCGGAUUCGGACACACCCCGACUCUCGUCUCGACGAAUGGGGAUCAGGCUCCCUCAUACAUCGACUCCAAGCCCCAGCUCGGCCAGAAGCGAAACGACGGUCACGGGUGCGCGCGUUGCGGCUACCCGGUGUACGCCGCGGAGCAGAUGAUCUCGAAGAACCGUUUGUGGCACAAGCGUUGCUUCAGCUGCGGCGAGUGCCACCGUUCGUUGGACUCGACGAACCUGAACGACGCUCCCGACGGCGACAUCUACUGUCGCGGUUGCUACAAUCGAAAUUUCGGUCCGAAGGGUGUCGGUUUCGGCAUGGGCGCUGGCACCCUGACGAUGGCCUAACCUCUUUCGAACAGGCCAACGAGAUGCUCGAACCAGUCUUAUAUAUAUAUAUAAAUAUAAAUAUAAAUAUAAAUAUAAUUAUAUUUGAGAUGUAUACGCGCGUAUGAACGAACGCGAAGCCUGCGAACCGGUUGGUCCGCGACGGGCCGCCAUGUUUCUCGCGUCGUUUCGCUCAUUCGCGGGUAUAACGUAUAUGUAUAGGCGCCUGACUCCUCGACUAACUACGACCAGUGACGAAGAAUACGCUGCUCCAAAAGAUAUAGCUAAAUUCAAUUCAAUUUUCGCAAACGACUGCGCACACCGAUUCGAUCGCAACGAAGACUGCGCGCACGUUUUAUUCGUGUCGUCGGGGGGUAACCCAUGGCGGAUCCGCGGUGGCUCCGCCUAGACGACGUGGCGCGCGAACGAACCAAAACACACCGAUCACGAUUAUCGAACGUAUACAUGAACGAACGUAAAGCUUUUAUUACUUUUGUAUGGGGAGGUCACAGCCCGGGGCCAACGAAUGCCCCGGGCACGCGAUGGACACGCGAUUCCUCUUCCGGGGGAUCCGGACUCUGGCUACUCCGUAGAGAGGACUGUAGAGAACCUGGAUGAGUCGACCUGGUCGAGAAGGUUGGGACGAACUCGGGUAUUGCUCCUCUUGUUUACGGUACCUGGAGACCUUAAAAUUCAAUUUCCGAUUAGAAACACGUUCGAAGCGAACCAGGUGACUUCGGUCAUAUCGUUUGUAGUACCUGAGGUACCUGUAGUACCAUCAACACAGAAUUCAGGUUUCGAGGCCUAGUUCAAACGAACCUGGACUCGUUCGUGACUUCGGAUCAUUUGUUAAGAAUACCUAACCGUCAGAUACCUAACCGAUCCAACCUAACCGUGCCCUUGCGCCCAAAUCGCCGUACUCAAAGCGCUCCAAGUCUCUCCGAAGGAGACCUAGGAGCCUAGGAGAGGUCAUCCCGACUAUUCGAGCCACCCGAGUCUACCGAACCUAUAGAACUCGACCCGGUCGACCCAUCCGACGUCUGCGGAAGCCACCCAGGCGAAUCGGAGUCGGUCCUCCUGGCGAGGAAGCCGCGAACGAGGCGACGCAGACGAGCAUGCGAGCAACAUAGUACAAAGGAAAAUCCGUAUACCUGGGCUACAAUCAGGAGCAACGAUGUGUAGUAACGACGACUCGGACGAAAAUGAAAAAAAAAUGAACGAACAAUGACCAGAUACAAGAACGAUUAUUUUCAAUAAAUGUAUAUUUCGAAAAAAAAAAAGGAAAAAAAAAUAUAAGUGGAAACGAAAAGAAGAAUUGUGGGGGGAGGGGAGACUCGGGGAGGGGGGAACUGUUUUUUUUUUUUUCAAGGGACAGCGGCCAACCAAACGCGUCUCGACGUUCCACUCGUCGGUUCGCGAGACGGCGUCGAAGGAAAAUUCAUCGUCGGAACAGAGCCACGCCCGAAGCAUUUACUAUAAAAAUAGUUUAUCGUACAACGUGGGGGGGGGGGGGGGGGGACGCGACGGAAAUACGUUCGGUUGGGUCUCGAAAUGCGCACGUCGAACGGUACGAUUUUUAUUCUUAAUCUUUAAGUAGCCGCUAGGCGAGGACGCACGUGAUAGCGAUUAAUCAUAGCGACCACUGUGUAAAAUAAAUAUUUUCUUCGAUUUCUAAGAA